AUGGAAACCAUGGAACAACGAUAUAUUUCCAACAACAUGCGGGUCCAGUUCCUAGCCUCGUCUCCCUUGGAGAACAUGAAAGCCUCACUUGAGCAAGUUCUCAAAACCACACCCCCCAAGAAAUCAUACUCAAAUCGAGAGUUAGGGGGUCUGUUCAGCGGCUAUACCGGCCUGGCCUACCUCUUCCUCCGGCUCUCAGCCGGCCACCCCGACCUGAUCGUGAUGGGGCACAACCUCCGAUUUUGGGCCGAACGCUACCUUGAUGGGGACCGUGGAAGCCUCGUCCUGGAAAGAGGAAAUUGCGGUCUGGCUUCCGAGAAACUCUCGUUCCAGGCCGUCCUCUGCUGCUUUACAAAGGACUUGGGCCACCUGAAGCGGUUCCUGGGCGACGUGCCGCUCCUGCUAGGGCCGUAUCCACCUUCGCAGGGUGACCCAUUCCCGUCUGAAAUGAUCUAUGGGCGAGCCGGCACUUUGUACCUCAUCCGUAUGAUCAAACAAUGGGUUCCCGAGUUUGCUCCGUUCCUCGAGUCUUUUACCCUGCGCAUCGCUGAAGUCAUCAUGCACACCGACGACGAUGGUCGGGGCAACUGGGAGUGGCAUAACAAGAGAUAUUAUGGAGCGGCCCAUGGCGAGAUCGGAAUAAUAACGCAGUUGGUGCUCUCUGUGCCAUCCCUGGCGGCCGAACUGGCACCGCGAUUGGAGGAUCUCCUCAAACUUCAGCUGCAAGAUGGAAACUGGCCGUCAAGCGAGAAGAAGCGGAGGGAGGGUAAGCCGGCAAAGCUCCUUCAGUGGUGCCACGGUGCCCCUGGGUUCAUUUAUUCCCUCGAGGCCCUGAGGCCUUACUUCCCACACCAUCAUGAUGACAUUGACUUCGCGAUCGAGAAGGCAAGAGAGCUUAUCUGGCGGCACGGGAUACUGGUCAAGGAGCCGAGCUUGUGCCAUGGUCUGUUUGGCAAUGCGUUGGGGCUGCAGACCCGAGGUAAUGGGAUAUGUGAGGCUAACCACGGCAUGUGGGGGUCGUCGAUAUGCAGAGCACUUCCUUGUGACGCCCGGCGAGAACAUUUUCUAGCGCUCGCCUCGACGGAAUCAGUGGAGAAGGUCAGAGGGCACGAUCCAGAACUCUUCGCGCCAGCAUCGUACGGCAAAGGCUGGGCCGUUCUGCUCACCUACCAUGCCAGCGCCGCCUGGGCCUGGGCAGUCUGCGGUUAUAACACACCCCCUUUUAUCAUGUACACGGAUGUGUAG